CACCGAGUCUGUGUGCGGCAUGUGUGUGUGCGGAUGGAUGGAGCAGUGUGGACAGCAGUAAGGAAAGGAUUCUUUAUGAGGGAUGUGUGCGCGCGUGUGUGUGAGCUUGUGUGUGCGCGUGUGUGUUUUCAGCGCUCGCUCGGAUUACGCCUGGAUUUGAUGGGCACGCGGCUGAUUCUUGUCCUCGCUGGAAUAAAUAAAGCAUGUUAAAGAAGAGCGAGAGCUGUGCGCACGCGGAGUUCUGAGCGCGAGGACAACAGAGCUCCUAUACUACCCUGCAUAUGGGCUUAUGGGAUAUGGGGAAUGUGUGAGGAAAAGGAGUAAUAAGAUGUGAAAUGCCUCCACGGAGCAAAACACACACCUAAACCCGGCUGAGGAACUGUGACCUGGGCUCUCAUCAUGGAUUUGCACCCUUCAGAGGAGCCGUCCGGACCGGCCGGAGGCAGCGGGAGCCUUGCCGAGCUGGGCACCUUCUUCAUGGACUCGGAUAUCAUCUUUGGAUUCACCAGACAUCUACUGAGGAGAAAAGCGAAGGUGGAGGGUUGCUCCAGCGCAGAGUCCUCCUGCUCUCCUGAACCGAGCCCGAGGAAGAGGCUGAAUUCAGCGGAGGAGGAGAGGCGCAGCCCCCGGCCUCCUCCUGAGGGCGCAGGCUCGGAGAGAGAGCUCACCACCAAAAGCCACCUGUGCGCGCACUGUCACAUCGUCGUAGCUGAGCUGAAGAGACAAGCCCUCGCGCUGACUGACCCGGCCUCACUCAAGGACCCUGGUUUCGCCACCUUCCUCCUAGAGCAGCUGCAGGUGCUGGACUGUACAGAGCAGGGAGGGCAUGAGGGCGCUCGGUGCCAGGUGUGUGCCACUCCAGUGCAGCAGCUGAGGCAGCAGGCACUGCAAGCUCUCCAGGAGCCGUGCCACGGCGUAGAAAUGCCAGCUUUGCCCGCCAGCACCUUCUCCAGUGAACAGCCCACCAGACUGACUGCCCACAGUAUGGUGACACUCUCCUCCAGGCCACCCACUUCCAGGAUCCCCCACCCAGCCAACAGCAUGCUGACUGUGGCGGAGCAGCGGCGAGGCCUGGCCUGGACUCCCAGCUCCAAGCCCAGUGUCCAAGUGACUGUGGGAGGCGGCCCACUGACAGGAUCACUUGGUUCUGUCACCAUCCAGGCGCAACAGUACCUGGAAGGCAUGUGGAGCAUUUCCCGGGUCAACAACUUCCUGCCUCAGCCAAGCCCGACACAGGGUCCUAUAGCUGAGAGUGUUCAGCCUAUGCCGCCAGACACCUCCAUCUCUGCUGUUUCCCUCACCCCACCCAGACAGCGGAGUCCUGUCCAGUACGGCCCAGCAGCGCCACUGUCUUCAAGCCAGCCUACCUCAGCUGCUGCUUCUUUCUUCAUUAGGGCUGCACAGAAGCUGAACCUGUCAUCAUCUAAGCGGAAGAAGACUCAGCCACCUGUGCUGCUGCCGCCGGAGCCCUCCAUCUACCCCACCAACUUCAGCAGCAUCAUCCAGCUAUCCCCUCCACCCGCUCCACCAUGCCUGCUAAGGGCAGGCUCAAAGGCCAAGGAGAAUCCCGGCAUGGGCAAGGUGAAGGUGAUGAUGCGAAUCUGUCCAUCUCUUGGGGUUCAGGAGUCGUCCGAUUCCAUGUCCUUCCUCAAGGUAGACCAGCGAAAGAAGCAGUUGACCCUAUAUGAGCCCUCCCUGCUGGCCCAGCCCACCGCAGCCCACCGUCGCACACCACUGGCCGCCCCAAAAAUGUUCGCCUUCGAUGCCGUUUUCACCCAAGAUGCCUCACAAGCUGAAGUGUGCUCAGGGACUGUGGCUGAAGUCAUCCAGUCGGUGGUGAAUGGAGCAGAUGGGUGUAUCUUCUGCUUCGGCCAUGUCAAGCUUGGCAAGACAUACACCAUGAUUGGCAAAGACAGCUCCGCUCAGAGCCUUGGCAUCGCGCCCUGUGCCAUCUCCUGGCUCUUCAAGCUCAUCAGCGAGCGCAAGGAGAAGACCGGUACCCGCUUCUCUGUUCGAGUCUCUGCGGUGGAGAUCUAUGGCAAAGACGAGAGUCUGCAGGACCUGCUGUCUGACGUCUCUUCAGGCAGCCUGCAGGACGGACAGUCUCCUGGGGUCUACCUGCGUGAGGACCCCAUCUGUGGCACACAGCUCCAGAAUCAGAGUGAAUUGCGAGCCCCCACAGCGGAGAAAGCGGCCCACUUCCUGGACGCAGCCAUCGCAGCUCGUAGCACCAGCCGUCCUGACGCAGAUGAGGAGGACCGCCGCAACUCGCACAUGCUCUUCACCCUCCACAUCUACCAGUACCGCAUGGAGAAGAGCGGUAAAGGUGGAAUGUCUGGAGGUAGAAGUAGGCUUCAUCUCAUAGACUUGGGCAGCUGUGAGAAGGUGCUGAGUAAGAGCAGGGACGGUGGAGGUGGUCUGUGUCUGUCCCUAACUGCCUUAGGCAACGUCAUUCUGGCCUUGGCAAACGGAGCAAAGCACGUACCAUACAGGGACAGCAAACUUACGAUGCUGCUGCGUGAUUCACUUGGGAACAUCAACUGCAGGACGACGAUGAUCGCUCACGUCUCAGACUCUCCGGCGCAUUAUGCUGAUUCACUCACCACUAUCCAGCUGGCCUCUCGAAUCCACCGCGUCAGGAAGAAAAAGUCCAAGUAUGCAUCCAGUUCCUCUGGUGGAGAGAGUUCCUGUGAUGAGGGAAGGAUUCGCCGACCACCACAUUUAAGACCCUUUCAUCCACGGACUGUGGCCCUGGACCCAGAUCUGCCCUUACUACUCAGUGAUCCCGACUACUCUUCGAGCAGCGAGCAGUCAUGUGACACUGUCAUUUAUGUUGGUCCUGGUGGAGCUGCGAUCUCUGAUCGAGAGCUCAGUGAUAAUGAGGGUCCUCCAGCCUUUGUUCCCAUCAUCCCCUCCCUCAAUAGAAAGCAGCGCGGAAAGGACGGGCCAGUUGACCGUGACCAUUUCAAGUGCAACACCUUUGCUGAGCUUCAAGAGCGUCUGGAAUGUAUUGAUGGGAGUGAAGAGCCAUCAGCUUUUGUCGGGGAAACUAUAGGUGGUCAAGCAAGCCCUAAAAUGGACAUUACUGCAACGAAGCCCAAAGAAGGGACUGGAUCUCUUUCAGGUUCCCCUAAGGCUUCCCCUAACAAAACACCAUCUUCAACUCUUCAACAGGACAAUGUAUUAACCAAACAACUUAGUUGUACCACCAGCAAACUGCCCAGCAGCCCAAACCACAAAUGCAAAUCUGAACAUUCCAAAUGGCAAGGUACCACCAUGUCAGAUAGAGACAUACCUGAGAAUAUGUGUUGUUCAAGGAUAGAAGGAGAGAAGGACCUGGUAUCAGAAACCUCUAGUCCAUGCUUUCCAGUAAAACAAGUAAAAUCUUCAACAACUCCGAACUCAGAGCCAGUGGUGCGAGAAAAGGUCUUUUUCAACAAAAAACAGCUCCCCAAACCUGCGCCUCCACCUCCACAACAAAGGGACUCUGUAAGACCUAAUGGAGAGACAGAAGAGCCAACUGCCACAAGAAUUCCUCCCAUUGGAAUGAGCCAUCAAACUCAGAAGCAGAGUGGUUCAAGUAUCAGCUCUUCUCAUUUUAGCAGGGUCCAUCAUCUGAACCCCAGGACCCCACUUGAGGUGUGCCAACUAAGGUCCACACUUAGAGAAAGGUGCAUGGACAGAGAUAUCUUGAGGACUACAGUAACCCUCCAGCAACCUGUAGAGCUUAAUGGAGAAGAUGAAUUGGUCUUUACUCUUGUAGAAGAACUGUCUAUUGGAAAUAUUGUAGACAAUGGAAGGCCUUCCAGCAUCAUAAGCUUUAACAGUGAUUGCUCUGUACAGGCCAUUGCUUCAGGAUCUAGACCAGUAAGCAUCAUAAGCAGCAUCAAUGAUGAGUUUGAUGCUUACACAUCUAGUGUGGGUAACUCUGAAUUAAACAUUGAAAUGGUAGCACCCUUGCAGGAGGAAACAUUUGCCUCUCUGGACAGCCGCAGUUCCUCUAUUGGUUCUUGGCUUAGUGAAGUAAGUGUCUGCACAUUAGAGAGUGAUGGAGCACAGUCUGCGGACGUCUUUCUCCCUGAAGGUACACAUAUUGUCCCAGGAAGUGCAUUUUAUCUCGAUUCCCUUGGCAUGUUCCAUAGCAGCCCCCAGAAACAGCCCAAGAACUCAUUGAAUGAUAGUGGCUUUAGCUUCUCAGAAUUGGACAGUGACAGUGCCGCUUCAAGCAAACUCUCCCUUAGUAAAUCCUCAUCCUCUCCAGAAUCCACAAAAACAUCAGUCAGAAAUUCACCAAAACUGACAAAAUCUAAUAAUACAAAUUCAUCUCCUAUCCAGACUUUGCAAGGUUCCCAUGAUGUGCACUGUAGUCUUCCCAGGAAAAUGAAACCUACCUCAUCUCCAAAUCAGAGUAGCAACAUUAGCGAGAGCAGCAACAACAGUACUUGGAGGCGUGAACCCCUGAGGCUUGAGGGCAAGCCAGAUGACCCAUGGUAUCGGGUAGAGAAUGUGUCAGACUUGCCUGUGUCCUCAAAUUCAUGUUCUUCUUCUAAACUGUUAAAAAAUGGAAUUAGUGGCAUACCGCCUAGAAAAGCAGGCACAAACUGCAACAGCAUACCUCGAAUACCCAAAAUGCAGGGGCCUAAUUCAUCACAGAGAGUGGUGGAUGGAUGUGAAAAAUCUAGCUGCAUCAGAAAGGCGGAGGUCCCUAGUAAAAUGCCACAACUCAGAAGAGGAGCAACCACACUUGGGACAGUUCCAGUAAUUCAUACAUCAAUUGAUGUAAAGGUCGGUUUGGACAUUGGGUCGUCGAUUGGUAGUUUAAAGUUCUCAUCCUUGGAAAAAUAUGGGAAGGCAAAUACACAGGAUGUCAGCAUGCUGCCAAAGCAAGGUGGCGUGUCACCUCCUCCACCUCCUGUUCGCAAAUCCAGUCUGGAUCAGAAGAAUCGAAUUCUGCUACCCCCAAGUGCCUUAAAAUCUGCGUAUGAGGCAGCAAAGUCCUCAGGAGCAAGGCCUGCAAAGACAGAGAAUGAAUACGAUGCCCGGUACAGAGGAGACUCAAACAGUUUAAAAGCGUCAAGUUUAAAGUCAGAGCAUGGUUUACUUAAAGCAACCUCCAGCCUCAAGUCCAGAGGGGUGAGAGGAGAAGGUGGACAACUGUAUGGAAGUCAGGUAUCUCUUGAAAGGUGUGACAGUUUGACAUCACUGGGAUCUAAACCGGUGCUCAGUCGAGAGAACAGUGGAGCAAGUCUCAAUGGAAAGUCAAGCAGAUCUAUUGCUAAGUUUGGGUCACCUGUCUCCACCUCCUCCCCUAUCAGCACCUCUCCACCUCCUGGUGUUAAUCUCGUCAAUGUGGGCAAAAAUGGGCAGGUCAAGGGCAGCCUUAAUGCAAGACCAGUGCCUGCUAACGGAAACAAAGCCCGUACAUUAUCUGCCAGCAAUUCCAAAGCCCUAAGUUCCUCAACCAAAUCUCUCACAGCAUCUGGACCAAGGAAUGCCAACCUUCCACCUUCAGGGAAGAGUGCAAUACCUCGUUCAGCAGUGGGAUGCAGCAGUAAACCAACAAGGGGGACUAUUAUGGGCACUAAACAAGCAAUGCGGGCUGCCAACAGCCGUGUUAGUGAGCUGGCGGCGAGUAAUCCUCCUGGGAAACAACUGAAAGGGUCAGGCGACUCUGACAGCGGCAACGACAGUGGAGUCAACCUCAAUGAAGACAAACCCACACCCAUCCCCAUCCUGCCAUCUCCUUAUAGUAAGAUCACUGCCCCAAGACGGCCACAGAGGUACAGUAGUGGGCAUGGAAGUGACAACAGCAGUGUCCUGAGUGGAGAGUUGCCUCCUGCCAUGGGAAGAACUGCACUAUUCUACCACAGUGGAGGAAGCAGUGGCUAUGAAAGCAUGAUCCGGGACAGCGAGGCUACUGGAAGUGCCUCUUCAGCUCAUGACUCUAUGAGCGAAAGUGGGAUGUCUUCAUCUGGACGCACUAGGAACUCCAAACCACCCAAAAAGAGAUCCAAUGGCCUUCAGAGGCGGCGUCUCAUCCCUGCUCCACUGCCAGACACCUCAUCCUUGGGGAAGAAGGCUGGUUCCACAGGCCAGUGGGUGGACUUGCCUCCUAUGUCUGGUCCAUUGAAAGAGCCCUUUGAGAUCAAGGUGUACGAGAUUGAUGAUGUGGAACGCCUACAGAGACGGAGACAAGAGGAGACAGUUGAGCAGUCCAUUCAGGAUGUUGAGAAGGGCUUGAUGUAUUUUAACACAAAGCUGAAGGACGUGGAGCGAAGGCAGCUGCAGAUCAAAGAGCUCAGAGUCAAACAUGAAACUCUGAAGGAAGAACUUGAGGACACCAAGGCCAGACUGAUGAUGGAUCCCAGCAAGUGGAUGGGAGAGUUUGAUGUGGACCAGGAUUUGGACCCAGAGUCACAGGAGUACCUGGAGGCACUAGAGCAAGCCACAAGUGAGCUGGAGUACUGCGUCAACCUAUGCAAGUCCCGCGUCAUGAUGGUGACCUGCUUCGACAUCAGAGUAGCAUCGGACAUUCAAGAAGGAGCGCGAGAGGUGGAGGUGUGAAAACAGGACGGGUUUGAGAUGGAGAGACAAAAUGGAGGAGUGGAAGGGAGAAAGAAACCUGGAAGUCUGAACAGAAGGAUAAAAUGGAAUGUAGCAGCCAAUCCACUGAUGCUAAUAAAGAACAAGGAAGAAACAUGAGAGACAUGAACACUGCAUGGAGGAGGAACACGUCAUCUUCUGAGGAGCGACUGGUACUGGUAAUAUAAUAUACAGUGCCUCGAUUUGUGGGAUGGACUUUUAGAAGAUGAGGAGUCUACAACCUGAGCUAUUUUUUUUUGGAACAUCUACUGUACAGAGAGAAAGAGGAGAAAGAAAGAAACAAAGAAAGAACGAUUGAAUGAAUGUGGGAUCGUCACCAUUGACCCAAGAGUUCUUCUGCUACACCGCAAAGUGCCUUUUGUCAUAUGACUCUUUCAAUCAUUAUUUUUUGUAUUGGUGCUAGUGCUCUAACCAGCAUACCUAAGCCAACCCUUAACAUAUUCCUUUUACAAAAUAAAAAAAAUGAUUUUAUAUUGCAUUGUAUAGUGUAUUUAUAUGAUUAAACAGUCUGUAAAAUACCAUUUUUGGUGGGAUGUUUAAAGGAACGAGGAAAGGAAAGCAAUAAGCUAAUGUUAUUGCGUUUUCCCAGACUUUGCCUUUCUCCUAUACUAUCACCUCUUGUCAGCAUUUUCUCAUCUAACCUCUGGAGCCUUAUGUUCAAUUUCUAGUGUGUGUGACUUUCUACCGUACAUAUCAAAAACAAAUCUGUGAUGUCUUUUUUAAAAGCUACAUUUGUAAUACUGUUGUUAAUCAACCAUCGCCAUGCUUGGUUGACGCAAGCCCAUUUUCAGCUUCGACUCGGUUGCCUUGGAUGAUUUGAGUUGAAUGGAACAUGACAAAUUAUCUCCAGUUCUGCAGAAGAAGAAGAAGAAGAAUGUGUGUGCUAUGGUAAUAUGAUUGAUGUCUUGCGUUUGGUACUGCAUUUUCUCACUUGACUGUUUAAGGAGUUCAGCCACGUUUUGAAUGUACAUACGGAUUUAUAGAAACCCUUUUUCAGCGAAGACCCAAACAAUGGCCAGAAUGUGACAUAUCACAUAAUCUCUACAUAUCAGUUCAACUAAUUUUGCAUGACUGUUUAAGCUGAUCUUAUCAAAAUGCAGCUCAUGUGAGCUCGUGUUUUGUUUACAGAAGCCGCUUCGUUUGGCAGUGGGAAUAUAUCAGUGGGGCUCUGUAUAAAACACCUACAGGCCAUAAUUCAGAAAGAACAGUUUUCUUUACUUUAGUUUUUUACUAAAGGAUGUAAUGAGAAUCAACUUUCAGCAAACUGAACAACAAAUAGUCUCAUAAAAUGCCUUUCAGUUUCUGAUCCUGGUUGCUCAGUGAUAUCAUUGUGAGCACAGUGAUAACGGUUUAUAUUCCCAGACAACUGGCGAUAUCGUUCUCUUACACUGAAUAAACAGCACACUAAAUGACCAACUACUUCAGCUGUUUCAGUGAAUCACUGUGGAUAUCAAACACUUUGUACAGUUAAAGGUGCCAGACAUUGGUUCUAUGCAUUCCUAACGAAGAGUUCUAUUUACACAGAACCUCAAAAAGCUACAGUCUGCCUUUAGCACAAACGGUUUUAGAGCUUAGGAAUCCAAACUUCAUCCUUUAUACUUCUUAUGUCACAGUACGUCAGCUUGUGCAACCUCUCACAGAUACCUCUGUAUUUCUGAUGUCAUGGAGUCAGCUGUGCUGUAUUGUAAGGAUUGUUCAGAAUGGCUGUUUGUUAACCGUCUUUCAUCAAAUAUUUGUAAGCAACAUUCGCGUCAUCCACAAUAAUUUACAAGUCACUUCUCUUGUUCUCAGAAAAUCGUCUUGGAUUUAUUUACCUUUACAAGUAUACACUCUCAGGCCCUUUCUUACAAUGCUGCAUGAGAUUUCUUUUGUAUUAUUAUUAUUUUUUAGAUCCUUGCUUCAGUUUUACAUUUAAUUUUGUAAUGAUGCUGGCAUUCACUGUCAUAGGAGGUUAUGAACAUGGAUUAACCAACUAACACCAAACUGAACCUUUUUUUAUUCAAAAUGAUGAUGUAUGUCAUAUUUCAUAUCAAAUCAUAUUUUCUAAUGUUUUUUUUAUUUUGUAAAGAAUUUUCAGACUAUGUGUAAAAAUGUAUAAUAUGGCAGCUUGGGAUGACAUUUUUUCUUGUGAAUAAAACGUGUUCAUUCUUAUAA